UACAGGAACAUUGUCAUGCUAGACUAUUAUUGUCAUCAGAUGUAUUUGAUAAAUUGUCACAAGUUAUAUAAAAUUGUCAUUCAUAUUGCAAAAAAUAACCUAGUAAUGGGAACAGUCGAGUAUGAAACAAGUGUGCGUCUGCCAAUAUCUCAAAAAAUCUUCGACUUGAUGAUAGAAAGCUUCUCCAAAGACCACCAAGACAAGUCACUGAUCCUGCACUACAAUGACACGAUCUUCCCCAACUCAGACAGCAGCGCCUAUCCAAGUUACCGUCUGGCAGGUAAUACAUUCCAAUUAAAACAAUGUAUCCACCGGUUAAAUUUGCUUAAAGUAAUUGUGUGCAAGAAAAACAAGGAAGAAAAAACUACCAACAAAGAAGACAACAAUCCUAAUUCCAUUACCAAGGUUAUGUUCAUUCCAUUUACCCGGACGACUGCCAAAGAAACAAUCGCAGAAGCUUCUGAUAAAUUCAGCACCAUCCAGGACCUGAUAAUCCGCUACACACUCUAUAAGCGGAACAAUAUCCGCGUUUGCGUAGAAAAAAUAUCCCAGCCUCAAGGCGGCGCUUAUUACUUCUCCGCAGAAAUAGAGUACGACCGUGAUUACACAAAAAUAAACUACGAAGAAUUUACAAAAAUAGAGAAUACAUUCUGGGAUUUAUUAUCUAGCACUUACCUGUCUAAAUUUUACCACUUGCUGGAUACAAAUGCGAUGUACAAUUACGUAGAAUUGUCUCAGCUGUUGAACAUACCUUGCCGGAAAUUUUCUCCAAUUCAUGAAUACUCUUGUAAUUUAAUUGAUUAUAAAUUAAAGUACAAAUUUGACGGGUACAAAGGAAGGAUGAUAAAUAAUAAUUUAAAAAAAAACACUAUUAUUUUCUGGGAUGACAUGCACAACACUGGAGAAAUAUCUUCUGGAUUUUUAAAUGAAUUUCCGCAUGUAAUUUUUCAGUACGAAGUUAUUACUGACAAGCGAUGGAUUAUUUUCACUGACAUAAUUGGUGUAAUAUUUCACAAACAAUUGUACAUGCCGGAGCCAAAUGACGUUUUGGAAUUCUUUUCUUCUUUUCCAAAGCGCGAAAUCAAUCACCCGCUUCUAGACGAUUCUCUUAACUGCCGGUCGUUUAAUUUUGUAAUUCCCGACGGCCAUGUUAGCGACCAGGUGGCGCUGAGUGACGAAUUUCAAAUUGGUGUUCAGUUUGUUAUUCAAGAUGGCGACGAUUUUGAUUACUUCUCCGCGAGUUUCAUUGAUCAGACGGAUGGAUUUAUUAUUGUGUGCAAUAAUCGGGAGUAUAAAUAUAAAAUUCCGACGCUGGAUGUGAGAAUUAAAAGUGAAAUGGCUUAUUUAGAUGAAAGUUUGACGCCGAUAUUUGAAAAGAAGCUCAGUGCGUCGUUUUUGUUGAAUCCGCAGUCGAUUUAUGAAAUCACUUUGAGGAAAGGACAAGUUCUUAUUCUUCGGGAAAGAUUUGAGAGACAGUUUACUUCUAAUUCGGAUGAGUUUGAAGCUUUUAAACGUAACAUGGACAUCGACUCACUGUACGACUACGAUGAAGAGGAACAAGAUUUUUAUGAAGAAAGUCUUUUAACUCGAAAAAUUUACCCUAUUGAUCACCGCGCGUUGAAGCGUAAUCGUGGGUCUAACGUGAGCUUCGGAUGUGGAAGUCUCAGUACUAGUGAAGUAAUGAUGAUGAUGGCCAAAUACAUGAAACAAGAGUCAACGUCCGAUGUUGAAGAUGAAAGUAUCAUGCCCAGAGGACCUGAGAGAUUUACAUCGAUGCGAAAGGUCCCAUCUCUUUCAGACCUAUCUGAUCCUGACAGUUCAAUCGAUAUUCCGGCGCAAGUACCACCUCUAACACCUGGUACAAACAAAAAAAUGACCGAGGCCCUAAAAGCCUCAUUUGCAUCGUGGGAGAAAGAACAACUUCGUCUAAAUAUAACCAAAGAUCCAAGACAAUGGUCAGAAACGGCAGUAUCUCAUUGGCUCCAUUGGGCAAUUAGAGAAUUUUCGCUAGAAGGUGUAGCAAUGCAACCUUGGCAACAUAUGACCGGUAAACAAAUAUGUGCAAUGGGCAAAGAAUCAUUUAUUGCACGUGCUCCAGCAUUCAUGGGUGAUAUUCUUUGGGAACAUUUGGAACUACUCCAAAAAGAAGAUGAAGUAGACAAAGCGUCGUUGGAGAAUAUGCCAGCAAAUUUGUACGAAAGCGUAUGCGUGCCUGACCUGGGGGAUUUUUUGGGUUACCAAGGAGCCAACAAUUCGGUAACAACAGCAGUUACCACAACAAACCCACCGGAACUCAAGAGUCCAGCCACUCCAGCAAGUUCAAUUACCUCGACCUCAUCAAUCCCACGGAGUGGUCCACCGUCGAUCCAGUCCCCAAUAAACGCCCCGCCGAUUCCAAGGCCCUACCACAAUGACAGUGGUUACAGUCAUUUACGUAGUCCAGUAUGUCAAGAAGAAAAUCAAAGAGAUGAAAACUCAUCGCCGCCUCACAACCACAACUCUCAAACUUCUAAUUCUCAUCCGGCGACACCUAGUGGCAAUCAUAAUAACAACAAUAAUAACAAUAACAACAACAAUAACAAUGCGAGCAACGCGUAUAUUCAUUUAAGGAAUUUAAACCAACUUAAAUCUGAAGCCAAUUAUGGGAAUCACCAUAUACCUGAACACCUGCAAAGCGGUGGUGGUGCUAGCGAACUCGGUAACAAUGAGAAUGACCUGCGGGUAAGCAACACCGCACCAACAGAUAGUUACAUGACACCUGCCCACUACUCCGGGUACGAUGAUCCUUCAGAGUACCACAAUUUACCCACGGAGCAUGGAAAUCCUCACACCUACAAUCUUGACAACCCCUCGGAAUUUUAUGGUGCUGGUGGGAUUCAGCUAGAGCCUAAAUACCAACCACCUCCGUUUAAAAAUUAUCCAAGAGGACGGUAUCAUGAAGGAUACAACGAAAAUUAUGGUCAAUAUGACACAACGCCUUUCCAAACCGUACCAGGAAGCGGGAAUGCAAAUUCUAGCAGUGGAAGUACUGUUGGAAAUGACCAAUGGUCAGUUGGUCCUCUUGGAGAGCAUCUUUCUCAUCACCCAGCAUUCCUUUCAGGAAUUGGUCCCCGUGAUUCUUCAAACUCUCAUCAUCCAGCUAAUAUUGGAAGUAAUUCUGACCAGAAACCAUUGUUACAAAGUGCAAUGUUAGCCGGAUACACUGGUGGAGGACCUUGCUUCACCGGAUCAGGUCCAAUUCAACUAUGGCAAUUUUUAUUAGAGUUAUUAACUGAUAAAUCGUGCCAAGGUUUCAUAUCAUGGACUGGAGAUGGCUGGGAGUUCAAACUUACCGACCCUGACGAGGUAGCUCGUCGCUGGGGUAUUCGUAAGAACAAGCCCAAGAUGAACUACGAGAAACUUAGUCGUGGUCUUCGGUACUAUUAUGAUAAGAAUAUUAUUCAUAAAACUGCUGGCAAGCGAUAUGUUUAUCGUUUUGUAUGUGAUUUACAAAGUCUUUUAGGAUAUAGUCCAGAAGAAUUACACGCAAUGGUGGAUUUAAAACCAGAAAAAAAGGAAGAAGACUGAAGAAGAUUUUCGUCCAAAUAAAAGAAAAUUCAAGUAUAAAAUACAAAUGAAAGUUUUUUCGUGCUAUCGUGAUAAGCGAACGUAACAAUUAAAUAUAUCAUUAUAUUUAUUAAGUAAAAAAAUAAAUAAAAAAAAAA